AUGGCCUCGUCAACCGCCCGCAAUGGAUCCCCAGGUCGCGGCCGGUCCACCAGCCCGCGGUCGCCGCGGUACUCGCAGGCCUUUGACGACGACGACGAGAGCAGCUUCAUAGACUCGCUCCCCGAUACCCGCCAUCUGCAAGCUUUUGGCAAAAAAGUCACAGCCACCGCCGGCAGCUUGAUAGGCGCCGAAGGAGUCUCCCAGCACUACCAGAACGCCAUUGGCGAGCUCCACCGCGAGCUCCGCCGCCCGCUGAUGCAGCGCUCCGUCUUUUCCUUCGCCCAGACCACCCCCCGCGAGAUCGUGCGCUCGCGAAUCUCCGUCCCCGAGAUCCAGCAGCGCGCCCUUGCCUACAUCCCCAACGACCUGCUGUCCAACAUCCCCGAGGACAACGCCGAGUUCUCCCUCUUCCAGGGCUUCGAGGCCUCGCUGCCCGACGCCCCCGACAGCCAUGCGAAGAAACACGGCCGCCACAAUGCGCGCGGCCAGCGCCUGAUCGGUGGCGGGGAAGACGACGACGAUCCCAAUGUGCCCCCCUCGAUGCAGAAGCUGAGGAAGCAGCGCAACAGCAUGGGCCACCGCCUCGAGAUGAUGGGCGUGCGCAAGCACAUGUGCGUGGCCGAGAUACACGAAAUCGACAACAAGAUCGCCAACCUCAAUACCAUGCGCAAGAUGGUCCUCGACCGUCUGGCGGGGCUUGAAAUCGAAGAGGGCGAGCUGGAGCAGGACCUGCUGACCGUGGACAACCGCAUCGAGGACCUGCAAGAAGAGCUGGACGACGAGGCUGCACUGGCGCCCAAGACGGCAGGGUCGCAAACAAGCGACGAGCAGUCAGAAGGCAAGGGCGAAUUCAUGUCCGAGUCUAUAUACCAGAAGAUACCCUCCUCGCCCAAGACGAAGAACAAGGCCAAGAGGCUGUCAAAGAGGAUGUCCAUGCCCGUACUACACGAGCAUCUACAGUCAGGAUCCAAGAUCAAGGAACUGCCCGCGCACAUGGACGCCAUCACCGCCAUGGACUUUGACGCUCCGUGGGGCAUGAUGGUUACCGCAUCGCUAGACGACACAGUAAGAGUAUGGGAUCUGAGCGCCGGACGGUGCAUUGGAAUGCUCGAGGGUCAUCUGUCUUCCGUGCGCUGCUUACAGGUCGAAGAGAAUAUCGUCGCAACCGGCUCAAUGGACGCUUCGAUAAAACUCUGGGACUUGAGCAAGGCCGAAUACGCGCCCAUGGACAACCGGAUAAACAAGCCCGAUGAAGAAAGUGACGACGGUCUGGCAUUUGAAAACUCGGAAGACGCACCCCCUGCGCCACCGUCGACCAGCAUGCAGGACUGCCCUCUCUUCUCCCUCGAAUCACACGUCGACGAAGUUACUGCGCUACAUUUCCGUGGCGACACUUUAGUUUCCGGUUCUGCAGAUAAGACACUACGGCAAUGGGAUCUGGUCAAGGGACGAUGCGUGCAGACGCUCGAUGUCCUCUGGGCUGCCGCCCAAGCCACAGCUACGAACACCUCCAACAGCACAUGGCGACAGACGGGACGCUCUGCCGACUCCUCUGCCGACUUCGUAGGCGCCAUACAGUGCUUCGAUGCUGCACUUGCUUGUGGUACCGCUGACGGUAUGGUACGUCUAUGGGAUCUGCGUAGCGGGCAAGUUCACCGAAGUCUCGUCGGUCACACAGGCCCUGUCACCGCCCUGCAAUUCGAUGAUGUCCAUCUCGUGACCGGUAGUGCCGACAGGAGUAUUCGCAUCUGGGAUCUCCGAACCGGUGCUAUUGCAGACGCCUACGCUUACGACCACGCCAUCACCAGCAUGAUGUUCGACUCACGCCGAAUUGUGUCUGCUGCAGGUGCGGACGUAGUCAAGGUCUACGACAAGACAGACGGAAGGCACUGGGACUGCGGACCCGGAGCUGACGAGAACGACAAGACGACACACUCCAUCAUCGAACACGUCAGGAUAAAGGAUGGCUAUCUGGUUGAAGGACGUAGAGACGGUACCGUUGGUGUCUGGUCGUGUUAG